AUGUCAGACAGUCAUUCAAUAACGUUCAAUAUUCUGAAAAGAAAUAGACUAACAUCUCCCAGCAGCAAUUUCAGAUACUCUAAUUUUAAAGACACCUGUUCCCCUUCAGUAUUUAUGGACAGCAGAUGCAAUGAUCCUGAAGCAGAACAUAAAGAAGCACCGAGUGCAACAAGUUUAUCUUCUCUACAAGAGCAUUCUGACCAUAUUCAUCCAAACAGCCUCUGGUCCGUGUCAUCAUCUAUUGAAAAAGAAAUGAAUUCUAUCUCCUUAUCAGAAAGAAGAGAAGCAAAUAGAAGUACAGAUAUUUUUGAAACUCCUAAAGUGAGUAGAAAAGGCUCCUCGCUACGCAGGAGACUGCUUUUAUCCAAGGCUGCUCCAGCUGGCACACCUGUAGGAUCCUGUGAAAGACAAGCUGGCUCUUCAGGAAGCGGCAGGAAAAAACUAUUCUCUUGUGUUUUGAGCUCUGAAGAAAAACCUUCACAAAUUGCCUCAGGUUCUUCAAAAGAAAACAGUUGCAAACGCCUGACAACUAGCACCUCAGAAACUGAGGACUCUAGUCCUAAUUGCCCCAAACGGAGACUGUCCUUUUCUCAACAAAGGACUUCUACGCUAGAUGAGUCCAAAAGUAAGGACCCCUUAUCACUAGAAACAGAAUGUUUAUCACCAAUUCAGUGUAAGGAUGUUAGUGUUAGUAACGUUAGUGAAUUUGGUGAAAGUGUCCUUAUGAGUGUUAAUGAGGGGUUGCUUCACACUCCUACUUACAGUGUGUUACCUGAGGCCAAUGAGAAUAAGUUCCUGACUUCUGUUGAUAGGCUUGUAGAGAACUUUAACUUUGAGCUGCGUAAUAGAAACACUCCUGCUGUUAAACUGGCCAGUUACCCAAAUCUUUCAACGCCUGAGGACAGUGGAUAUAAUUCACUUCAUCUAGACAAAUCAGGAGACUUAUCAUCUGAUUAUGAGGGUUCUUUCCAAGAGUUUUUUCAAAAACAUAAAGAAGAUUCCAAAAUUCCAGACAGUAAAAGAAAAGCAAGAAAGCUUGAGCGAGUUAGAAGGUUAUCCACUCUUCGGGAACAAGGCUCGCAGUCGGAGACAGAAGAUCAUCAUGGCAGUCCUUCUAAUUUGGAAUAUAUGCUAACAGAAGAAAGAAAUGUCAAUAAAGACUAUGGAGUAGUUUUAAAAGAACAGACUAGUAAAGACUUAGCUGUAAAUUAUACAGAUCUCUCCAGAACUCCAGCUCUGCAAAUAGUCCAUGAAAUUUGCUUGCAGAGGCAAAGAUCAGACCAAAAUCAAGGAUCAAAGAAUAUUGAUGGAACAGAAAUAUUUGCAUUAGAACAUGUUCUUUCUGGACUUAUUGGCAAGAAAAUGGGCCUUGAAAAAUUAGAUAUUUUAACUGAAUUAAAAUACAGAAAUUUAAAACAUGUUCUUGCUAUAGUUUUAGAUGCUUUGACAGUGGAAAGUCUCUGCAGCAUUUGGAAAGUAAGCAAAAACUGGCGUGAAAUCAUUGUACAAGAUAAAAGUGCAGAUAGGAGGAGAAAGUCGUACAUAAAACAGCUGAAGGAAGAAGCUGGGGAAUAUCUCUUGAAAGCUGAAGAUGCUGCCACAAGACUUAAUGUUCUCAACAGAUCUGCUCUGAGGCCUGUUCAGGCUCAAGCCAGAACUCCUGUACAAACACCACCUUCUCACAUUGAACUUACUCCCAGGAGAUGCAAUUCUGUCCCCCAAUUAACUAGUAGACAGGAAGAAUACGUAAAAGCUGCUAGAACUCUGUUCACCGACGAAGCUCUGAAACCUUGUCCAAGAUGUCAAUAUCCUGCUAAGUAUCAAUUGGUAAAGAAACGGGGGCUAUGUAGCAGAGAGGCCUGUGCAUUUGAGUUCUGUAUUUUAUGUCUGCAUUCUUUCCAUGGGUCAAAAGAAUGUAAUAGUUUAUCUGCAAAACGGAAGAACAAAGAAGAUGCUCCUCCAGGAAGUGCCCAAAGCAAAAGAAAUUUAAAAAGACUUUAA